UUUGGUUCGAAAACACAUUCGUUUGCCUGUUCCUCGACUUUUACGAUCAAUACGACCCGUGAUCCGUGAUCACAAGCGAAUCUACCACUUCACCUCGACUCCAGUGACUACCGAUCAGAUUCAUCAUACAGCAAAACCAGCUCCAUCGAACCAGGAGGAAAACUAUCGUCAGACUAGCUAGCACUCGCGCCACUUCCUGGCUUCCCCCUUCCAAACAACCACUCCGGACACCAGUCCCGUCCCUUUCCAUUGACUCAUGCGUCCGACAACAUGUCGAAAGACCCUGGAAGUCCUCUUCUUUGCCCUGUUCCUCGCUGGAGUCGAAGGGAUACCUGUUGGAAAUAGCCGAUUGGAUGUUCGGCAGCAAGAGCCAGGGACGAGCGGGAUGGUUAGGACCGUCACAAAGAUCAACAACGGGACAAACCUUGACGGAGACGUGUUAUUUCUGGCCAGCAACGCCGACAGAUCAGACAUGCAGUACGACCGUGACGAGGACGACAGAGGAGGACAAGAACAAUGAUGGACAGACAAAUACUAUUUGGCCAGAUCAGAUAUCUGCCGAUGAGCCUGCGACGCAGAACUUUCAGCAAGCGAACCCGACAUCCGCAGUACUACCAAGCGUUCUCUUCCCUACUGAACAAAGCAGUGAAAGCUCAACAUCAGGACCGACUAUAGCUGCAAUAUUGACCGUGUCAACCGAACCCGUCAGAACACGAAGAGCGAGCGAUCUUCUGGUGGCCGAGACGCGAAUAUCAACGGCAGCUACGGCCGACCGCUCAGCAGCAGCAGCUGAUGAUCAGAACGACCAGAUUGUCGUUAAGGCUGAAGAGAGUGCCGCUUUCCCGGGACAACACCUGGCCGUGCUUCCUAUAGGCUUGGCGAUAUACUGCUCUCUUAUGGGUAUCGGCCUGCUGGUGGUAUUCUACAUGACCCUGGUGCGGAUGAAAUACCGCAGGGAAUACCGCCAACGAAUGAAAGGUGUCGGAAUGGGCCUGGGUGUAGCGAUGGGGGUUGGCAUGGGUCUGGACGGUCGCUUUGCUGCUGCCGAGGUCCGAACCGCGUAGAUGCCCUGGAGAAUGGACAAUUUCGCUUUCUCAUCGUUUACGUUGUAAUAGGUUGUUCCUCC